ACUCUCAUAUUUUCUCUCCCUCCAAAACUGGAACCAAGAUUAAUUUUUUCUUCGCAAAAGAGAAAGAAAACACUCUCCCAUUCUCAGAAUCUUGAACGAAAAUCGAUCAAUGGACGCCCCGGAGGAGAAUCCCUCAUCAUCAACGCCUUCUCGACAAUCGGCAACAUCCAGAGGUAAAGAUACGGAUGAGAAUGAUCAAGAAAUGGGUUUCAGUUUCCAAAACCCUAGGAAAUCAACGGCGAAGAAUUUCAUGUCACCGACGAUUUCUGCAGCUUCUAAGGCUGCGCUUCCUAAGAAGAAAGUCCUUACCGAAAGGAAUCAAUCUCCCGCAUCAAAUAUCUCCGGAGCCCAUCCCCCUAAAACCCCAAUUUCUGAUUCAAAAGUCCGGCAGAAAACCCAAACCCUGGAACAAAGUUUUCCGGAGAAGACCCAAGAUUCUGAUUCUAGAGCAACUUCUAAGAAUCAGGAUGCUGAUUGUUCCAAGGAAGAAUCUUUGCAUCGAGCAACACCAUUGUCGUCACCGGGGGAUAAAUCUGCUAGCAAGGAGGAAUUGUCUGGGAGGCCUUAUGAUCCAUCGUCGAAUUAUCUUUCACCCAGGCCUCAAUUCCUAAGAUACAAUCCAAAUAGACGCAUUGAAAUUUUUCAGCGUCUAAAAGUGGAGGCUGAAGAAGAAGAUGAUGGGGUGAUUUUCAGUAGCAGUGAAAUUGAGUCCAAGAAGGAAAGUGAUGAGCAAGAUGGUUUGAUUAAUAGCAAUAGUUCUGUGGUUUCUUCAACAGAAUGUCAUUUGGAGCUGGAAAAUGAAGAGUAUGAUGAAACUGAAGAUGAUUUUGAAGAAGUAGAGGAGGAGAAAGGUUGGAGUUUGAGAGGUAUAUUGCAAUUUCUCCUUGUGUCGGUUGUUUUGGUGCUUUCUACCUCAUAUAUUUCUUCCAUGAAUUCUCCAACACAGUCACCAGAUUCACAUGCGUUUAAGAGUCUCAGAGAUGGCUAUGACAAGUUUCAAACUCAUUUGUAUGACAUUCUCUUGAGUCUGGAUGGUGGGUAUCAUAUUGUUGACGAAGGAGCACAAAUGGGUCUGCUAGGCUUAAACCACACGGUUCAAGAUGAGGAGAUGACUGAAAAUGGUGAUGUAGGGAAAGUAGUUAGCAUGAAUGUGAUAACCAGAGUGUUUGGCCUGGAUGAUGGAGGUAUGGGAUCCAUGGAAGUGGUUGAGGAUGUAAAGCAAGAGGGAGAAAGUGAAGAUGUAUGUGAAAUUGCAUUGGAAGAAAAAAGUGACCAGAUUCUUGAGGACAUUGAAUUACCGGAAAAGGAAGCAGGAGAAAAUAAUGAAUAUCCGCAGAUUGUUGGGGACAUAAAGAAAGAUAGCCAAAGUGAAGAUUGGGAGGUUUCAUUAGUGGCAACAGGUGAGGUUUCUGAUGAGAUUGUCAAGGACAUUGAGCUGCUGGCAAAAGAACCUGGAGAAAAGGAGGAACGUCUAGAGAUGGUUGAACAUGUAAAAGACGACAUUGUGUCACAGGAAGCAGAAGCUGCAGGAAACAAUGAACCUGUACAGGUUGAUCAGACGUUACUUUUCUUAGAUGGGGUUGAUCAACAGUGUGAUACAACAGAUGCCUUGAAAAGGACGGUUGUGGUGGAGGCAGAUGAAGAAAUUCUCAACAAUGAACCAAGAGAAGGGGAUGCUGUUGAUGGUGAAAUUGGAAGAAUCGAUGAUGUUACAGGCAGGGAAAGUGAGGUUGCUAUUCCGGAAAAGAAGAAUCCAGUAGAGGGCGGCAUUAUUCAGCAAACAGGAACUGAAUUACUUGCUGAAGUUGCAAUUGGGCUUUCAAUAUGUUGCGUGGUUGUUGCAUCUCUGGUAUCAGUAAUUCAUAUCAAGAUAAAGAAGAGAAAGAUGACAAAGGAUUCCUCCCCCUCUCCUGUUGAUUUGCCUUCUGCUGAACCUGUGGUAGCCAAGGAAUCAAGUUUAGUGCGUCCACAUGAAAGAGAGGAGCAUAGCAUGCCUGGGAAUUCUUUUGGAAAUUCCACACCUUUGAUUAACUCCAUCAAGGAAGAUUCUGAGGAGCCUUACCAAAACCGAGCACCAACAGUUCAGUUGCUUGGUGAAUUUGAUGUGGGAGAGAUGAGCAGCUCGCUUAGGAGUUCUGGUUUCAAAAGCAGGGUAAAAGACAGUGAAGAUGGAAGCUAUUCUGUUUCAGCUCUAAAGAACAGGUUGGCUAGCAAGACUUCUUCAGCUUCAACUCAUGCUCAACCAGAGUUCUCUACCACGAUUUCCACUUCAUAUGGAAACUUCACUCCUGAAACCAAAAUAUUGAGGAAACAAUCCAGAAACAAUGACACGCAAGGAGAGGAUGGAGAAGGGAGAGAAGGGGUCACUUCCUCUCUGAGGCGAUCAGCUCGAAUCCGCAAUCGUGCAGUUUCAUAUUCGUAAAAUCAUCAAGACUGAUCACUGUGAGAACCUAUGAAAUGAAACAGCAUUCUCUGUUGUUACAUGUUGGAUCUCUUAACCCUUAACUUGUUUAGGAUUUUGAUGUAGAACUUCUUUAAUUAGGAACUGCUUGCUGUAAGAACCUAAUAUCAUUGCCUGAAUGCAUUUUAUCAACUCUAGUUUCUCAUUCUUCU